GGUUAGCGUUACAAUCGACAGGAUGGCUGUGUAUUCCCUGGAAUAUGACUCAGUUUCUGUGCCGUUCGGAAUUUUGGGGUUUCGUCAAUGAAACAGGCCGCGAAUUUUCGGUCUGUCGUGUGAUCGUGGUGUGCCGUGGUCCGCACGUGGUCUAGAAGGCAGGGAGUGGUGCACCUUAUGUUAUUUUUGUGAUGUUCUGGGAGCCGGCGAUGCACGGGGGCUGCAGCUUAUGAAGAUGCAGCAUAUCGGCGUAUACUGCUAUGUGGCGGGUUUCGUACCAAAGGACUAGACUUUAAGAAAGGACAGUAUGUGGCGGAAAUAAGAGAAAUCCAUCUCAUCCAGUGUCGCACGUAUCAUGCGCCUUAAGGAAGUAGCCGAGUGUAUUAUUCUUAAGGGGCGGGAGAUCUAUCUGUAAAGCUUAGGAUGCCGGGUCUCAUUGUGUUCAGGAGACGAUGGAGUGUCGGAUCAGACGAUUUGGUUGUUCCCGGAGCUUUCCUAUGCACCAUGCACACGAUAUGGACCAUCGUACUGGUUAUCAUCCUGUUCCUGGUGGAGUACGACAGAAGCGUGCAGUGCGUGAAGCUGCUGUGGAGCCUCGUCGUGGGGUACCUGGCGAUCCUGAUACUCUCCAUGGCCAUAGAAAUAUGCGUCUGCGCAGUGGCCAUGCGUGGAAGCAUUCUAGACACAGGAAAAAGAGCCUCCAUGCAGUAUAUACUCUACCUCAGAUUAACUGUGAUGAUAAUAGAAGCCGGGUGGCUGUCAGCUGGGAUAGCCUGGCUGGUGAAUUAUUACGUAGACUGUCCCAUAGAAAAAGCCAAAGAAACUGUGUUAGGUAUGGUAAUUUUUAAUUGGUGCGUCCUCUUGUCCGUUCUUAUAACCGUCUGGUGUACGUACGACACCGCUGGGAGGUCAUGGGUGAAGAUGAAGCAAUAUCAGAGGUCGAUGAGGGAGUCUGAAUCGAAGUUUCAGUACAAGAGAUCGGGGAGUACCAGAAACUGGAGGCAGAGCACGAUUUCGCGACGUCUUCAGGGGAAAGUCCUUCGGGCUUACCAGGACAGCUGGCACAACAGAUGCCGCUUCCUCUUCUGCUGCUCGACGGCCAGCGAUAGGAACCGGAACUCCUUCGCGGACAUAGCCAGGUUGCUGUCCGACUUCUUCAGAGACCUGGACGUCGUGCCGUCCGACGUGGUGGUCGGUUUGGUUCUGCUGAGGAAAUUCCAGAAGAUCGAACAGAAAGCCAUCGUGGACCAGCGCAAAAACGACACUUACGAGUUCCUCUCUGGAGUUGCCAUAACUCCCAGGACACAGUUUCUGUCGCUACACGAGGACGGUUCCGACCUGGAACUGUUCCAGACGGUGAUACAUUUCGCCCACUUCGCCGUGCGGGCGUAUGGGUGGCCCAUCUACGUCUUGACGGAGUCGAUGGGGUUGUGCCACUUGUGCACAGGCGUCAGGUGCUGCUGUUGUUUCCCGUGCAGAAAACCCACCAGCGAGGGCGGCAAUCCUGAAAUCGUGGAGGACAACUGUUGCCAGUGCAACUACGCCGCUCUGGACAAGCUCACCGACUACGGUGACAUAGAAAUCAUCUACGCGACUUACCACGUAGACAUAGGGCAGACGCCCUUCUUCGUAGCGCUCGAUUUCGACAGGAAGAAGGUUGUGAUUAGUGUUAGGGGAACGUUGUCCAUGAAGGAUAUUUUGACGGACCUGAACGCGGAGGGCGAGACCCUCCCUCUAAAUCCACCCCGAGAGGACUGGUUGGGGCACAAGGGGAUGGUGCAAGCGGCGCAAUACAUCCUCGAGAAGAUAGAUGAGGAAAGGCUGGUCGAACGGGCGAGGGACCACAAACCCGAUCGGGGAACCACAGACUUCGAAAUAGUGAUAGUCGGUCACUCUUUAGGUGCGGGAACAGCCAGCAUUCUGGGUAUACUGAUGAGGCAGAGGUAUCCCACCCUCCAGUGCUUCUGUUACUCCCCACCCGGAGGCCUGCUGUCAGCGCCUGCCGUGGAAUACACUAAGGAAUUUACAGUCUCCGUGGUCAUUGGAAAGGACGUGGUACCUAGGAUAGGACUGCACCAGAUGGAGACGUUGCGGACUGACCUUAUAAACGCCAUAAAGAGGAGCGUUGAUCCCAAGUGGAAAACCAUCACUUGUAGCGUCCUCUGCUGCGGCUGUUCCCAACCUACAUCGGCGGUGGAACUCUCCACCGGCGAGCAAGACGUCACCGAGUACAUGCGCAGCAAAGAGAACGCGAGGCACAUGGGUAUCCACCCAUCGGACAGUACCAUAGCCUUGACUAGUCACCAACCCCUCUUUCCCCCUGGAAGAAUUGUGCACAUAGUAAGGCACCAUCCAACUAGUGGACAACAAGCGCUGAACAAGAAAGACCCCGUAUACCAAGCCCUGUGGGCUUCGAACAUAGACUUCGACGAGGUUCUUAUUUCUCCAGUGAUGAUCCAGGACCACAUGCCGGACAGAGUCCUGGACGCUCUAAACAAGGUACGUGAGCAUAUCAGUCACACAAGGAAUGAUCCUGUUUAUACAAUUGAAGACGAUAUGGACUGAAUAGUGUGCAUGCAUAGUUGUAUAUAUAGAUGCUAUGUGUAACGCUUCGACAGAUGCAACCGUCCUUAUUGUAUCCGUAGUGAAUAUAUUCAUUGCACGAGGUCUAGUAAGUUUUUUUUUGACAAGUUUCACAGUGUGCAGGUGUAUACUUUAUUAUUUUUGCUCUGUGGGGUAGGUCACUAAAAAUUCUUAUUAUAAAACUACCCAAAAUUAAUUAUUUUCGAGACAAUUUAAAGAUAAAGGUUUUAAAAGAGGCAAACGAUUAUGUUUUAAUUUAAAAUAUUUUUAAACAUGGUGUGAAAAAGUAUUUUGUAUUUUUUUAAAUAUGUUUUAUUUUUAAUUUACGCUUAUUAAAUAUAUGUAUUAUUUUUUCUAAUUUACGCUCAUUGUUAUUUAUUUUUAUUCAUACCUAAUAACUGUUAUGUAAAAUGCUCGUCCUUUAACAGCAACUUGAAUGCUUAUUUUUAUUUUUGUAAUAGUUUUUUUUUUUGGUAUCUGCUGUGAUUAAAUAAUUUCAUUAAAUGUUGUAUUAUA